GCUCCCGGAGCCACCUCCGCCUGCGCCGCCAUCUUUGCCCCGCGCGUCGCGGCGACGCGCUGACGUCACUUCCGGCUUCUUCCUCCUCCCAGGCAGGGCCCGGCGCAGAGCGGAGGCUGCAGCCAUGUCCCUGGUGAUCCCGGAGAAGUUCCAGCACAUCCUGCGGGUGCUCAACACCAACAUCGAUGGUCGCCGCAAGAUCGCCUUCGCCAUCACCGCCAUCAAGGGCGUGGGGCGCCGCUACGCCCACGUGGUGCUGCGCAAGGCGGACAUCGACCUCACCAAGAGGGCGGGAGAACUCACCGAGGACGAGGUGGAGCGGGUGAUCACCAUCAUGCAGAACCCCCGGCAGUACAAGAUCCCCGACUGGUUCCUCAACAGGCAGAAAGACGUCAAGGACGGCAAAUACUCCCAGGUGUUGGCCAACGGGCUGGACAACAAACUGCGCGAGGACCUGGAGCGGCUCAAGAAGAUCCGGGCACACCGAGGGCUCAGGCACUUCUGGGGGCUGCGUGUGCGGGGCCAGCACACGAAGACAACGGGCCGGCGCGGGAGAACCGUGGGAGUGUCCAAGAAAAAAUGAGGAAUUCCAGGAAAACGUGGGAAUUUUCUGGCCAAUAAAAAGGAUUUUGGAAAAAAAAAAAAAAA